AUGUUCUAUUCACUGCCCGGAAUGUCUCCUCCCCUCGCCCAAGGCCACUGCCUGACUCCGGCCAGCUCCAACACCGCGUCCUUCUCGCGUGGCCACACACAUCGGCGCGCAGCUCUGCCGAGGGGGCUGACGCGUGCGCGCGGCCAGGAGGCUCUAGGGGGCAGACGCCAUCCAGCCUCCCCGGCGCCUGGUGACUACCCCAGAGCAGCCGUCUCCCUAAGAGACCCCUACGCUCCGGCCGGAGAGCGCGCGACAGGGGUGACCGCCCCGCGCACACGUGGGCGCAGCCUGGAAGCCUCGGGGACCCUAGCCCAUGGGGACGAGAGGAGACGUUAUGCAGGAAGACCUCGGUCGAGGGGUCUUGCUCCCCGCCCGCACCCCUCACGGAGCCCCAGAGGGGGCAGGCGGGGACGAGCCCUGGCGGGGACGCGCGCUUCCAUCGCCACGGCCGAGGUCCCCGCAGUGGCGCGGGGUGGCCGGAGGAGGGGCCGAGGGCGGGGCGGUCAUAGCCUCCGCCACUCCCGGGCCCCCCCGGUGGCGGAGCGCCGCCUCCCCGGCCGUCCUCCCCCACCGCGCGCGCUCCGCCCGCCCCGGAGCCUCGCCCUCCGCCACGAUGAGCAAAUGAGCGCGAGCGAGGGCAUGAAAUUUCAAUUCCACUCUGGGGAGAAAGUGCUGUGCUUCGAGCCUGACCCCACCAAGGCGCGAGUGCUGUACGAUGCCAAGAUCGUCGAUGUUAUUGUCGGGAAAGACGAAAAGGGCAGAAAGAUUCCAGAAUAUCUGAUACAUUUUAAUGGUUGGAACAGAAGUUGGGAUAGAUGGGCAGCCGAGGAUCAUGUGCUUCGUGAUACAGAUGAAAAUCGGAGGUUACAGCGUAAAUUGGCCAAAAAAGCAGUAGCACGCCUGAGAGGUACAGGAAGAAAGAAGAGGCGCUGUAGGUUGCCCGGUGUCGACUCUGUCUUAAAAACUGUGCCAAUUAAAGAAAAAACUCAAAAUGACGAAAACUCAAUAAGCAGUACCUGUCAUGAAAGCUGUGGAGAAAAGAAGGAAGAAAUAAAAGAACAUCGCCAGCGUCGUAUUAAAGUCAAGACUAAAGCGAAAAAAAAAGUAUUGUCGCUGCGCUCAAGAAAGGACAUGGAUGAAAGAACAAUAACCAUAGAUAUCCCUGAAGUUCUCAAGAAGCAGCUUGAAGAUGACUGUUACUAUAUCAACAGGAGGAAACGGUUAGUGAAACUUCCAUGCCAGACCAACAUCAUAACAAUUUUGGAAUCCUAUGUGAAGCAUUUUGCUAUUAAUGCAGCCUUUUCAGCCAAUGAGAGGCCUCGUCACCAUCAUGCCAUGAUGCAUGCACACAUGAAUGUGCACUAUGUCCCGGCAGAAAAGAAUGUUGACCUUUGUAAGGAGAUGGUGGAUGGACUACGAAUUACCUUUGAUUAUACUCUCCCGUUGGUUUUGCUCUACCCAUAUGAACAAGCUCAAUAUAAAAAGGUGACAUCGUCUAAAUUUUUUCUUCCUAUUAAGGAAAGUACCACCACAACAAAUAGGAGCCAGGAGGAGCUGUCUCCUAGCCCGCCUUUGUUGAACCCAUCCACACCACAGUCCACAGAGAGUCAGCCACCUAGUGGUGAGCCAGCCACCCCCAAGAGGCGCAAAGCGGAUCCAGAAGCCCUGCAGUCUCUGAGGCGCUCCACUCGCCACAGCACCAACUGUGACAGGCUAUCUGAGAGUAGCUCCUCACCUCAGCCCAAGCGCCGGCAGCAGGACACAUCUGCCAACAUGCCGAAGCUGUUUCUGCACUUGGAAAAGAAGACGCCUGUGCAUAGCAGAUCAUCUUCCCCCAUUCCUCUGACUCCAAGUAAGGAAGGAAGUGCUGUAUUUGCUGGCUUCGAAGGGAGAAGAACCAAUGAAAUAAAUGAGGUCCUGUCUUGGAAACUUGUGCCUGACAAUUAUCCGCCAGGAGACCAGCCACCUCCCCCUUCAUACAUUUAUGGUGCACAGCAUUUACUGCGAUUAUUUGUAAAACUUCCAGAAAUCCUUGGGAAGAUGUCCUUCUCUGAGAAGAAUCUGAAGGCUUUACUGAAGCACUUUGAUCUCUUUCUGAGGUUUUUAGCAGAAUACCAUGAUGACUUCUUCCCGGAGUCAGCUUAUGUUGCUGCCUGUGAGGCACACUACAGCACCAAGAACCCCAGGGCAAUUUAUUAAAGUUUUCCUCAUUCUGGAAAAAAUAGCUGCACUAUGUGGCUUUGUAUUUUAGGUUCCAGGUGAAGUGUUAAUGAGAUGGUGGACCUCCCCCGGGGUUUCUCUGACAGGGGCAGGCUCUGUUGUUUGAGUUGCGCACAUACUGUUAUUUCUGUUAAGAAUUACUUUCUGAGCUCAGCAUGGUGGUCCAUGCCUGUCGGGGUCGAUUUAAUUAAUGAAUGAAUGAAUGAAUGAUUUUUUAAUGUAAUGAUUAUUUCCUGGGUGCCUGAACGUAUUCCAAAGUAACACUGCUGCACAAGCUGUGUGUGCUAGCAGGAUAAAAACAGCCAUAGCUGUGUUCAUAGGGAAACGUUCAUGAACGUAUACUUAGGUUCAACAUUGUUCUGGUAGCCAUUGCAGUUGGUUGUUCGCAAGAAGCACAUUGUUUGAUUGUUUGUUAAUGUUAAACAAAAUGGUUUUGAAAACUGUUUUCUGUUCAACAGAUCUUAGCUUGUGCUUGGAAACCACCAAGUAUGCUCAAAGUCUUUUAGGGGGAAUUGAUACUGAUGGCAAAGGAGAACUUGCAGCUGUGCCUCGCUUGUAGCAGUUCCCUAUCUCAGAAACAUUAUUUUUCUUGCUCUAAAUAAAGCAUUGCCUGUCUUGUUUGAGAUUUUACAGCCAUCCUCUGCUAUGUAAUGUUAUAGUUCCUUUUCUAUAAAAUGUUAUUUUGGGUGAUCUAAAUAAAGCUUUGCCAGUUUUGUUUGAAAGAAGCAAGAGAAGCUUUGCUCUGGCCUUCCCCGUUCUUUUUAUUGCAGGGCAACAGUGGGGUAACCUUUGCUCACAACUUCUGUUUCCCUUUGUACCCUUUUGUCCCUCCCUUUUUUGCUUUGGCCUCUCUUUGCAUCAUGACUAUUGGUGGUUAUGAGACGUCACUGUGACUCUGUGCCAACUUGUGGCUGUUUUGUGGGCCCUAAUGGGCCCAACACAGAUUUAUCCUUCUCCGAGUUUACCAGCUCAUCUGCAGUCAUCCUUUUAACCUUCAUUUUACUCUUUUGCAUACCUUCCCCCUCUAUGGUUUAGAGAGGUCCAAAUGACUAGAAAGGAUACCGAUGUCACAAAAGCAUUAAACAUUAGCACUUGUCUUCUCUUA